CCGCUUGGCAUGAAACCGCGAGUGAUGGAAACAUUUUGGGAGGAGGAAGGAAGCGUAUGUUUCCAUGUUGAAGCCAGGGGAAUCUGUGUCGCAAGGCGAAAGGACAACAACAUGAUUAAUGGCACGAAGCUCCUAAAUGUAGCUGGCAUGACGCGCGGCAGGAGGGACGGCAUGUUGAAAAGCGAGAAAAUGAGACAAGUUGUCAAAGCAGGGCCAUCGUGGUUGAAAGGCAUAUGG